GACCUGUUAGACAUACCAACGCCCACCAGUGGCCCAGACUACUCUACGCCACUGCCUUCCUUCACACUGUUGUGCAGGAACGCAGGAAAUACGGAGCGCUGGGCUGGAAUGUUCCCUACGAGUUCAACCAAGCUGAUUUCCAGGCCUCCGUCCAGUUUAUCCAAAAUCACCUCGAUGAUAUGGACCCCAAAAAGGGCGUGUCAUGGGUGACCAUCUGCUACAUGCUGGGUGAGAUCCAAUACGGAGGGAGAGUGACGGAAGACUUUGACAAGAGGCUUCUGUUGACCUUCCUUCACGUCUGGCUCAAUGAAAGACUUCUUACCUCUGACUUUAGGUUCUACAGAGGCUACGGGUUACCAAUGUGCAAGAGCCAAGCUGAGUAUCUUGAGUUUGUCAACCUACUACCGGCAACAGACUCACCAGAGGUGUUUGGUCUUCACCCCAACGCUGACAUCACGUAUCAAAUUAACACAGCCAAGAGCAUUCUGGACACCAUCUUGAGCAUGCAACCUAAAGAAAGUGGACAGAGAGGCGGAGAGACGAGGGAGGCUGUGGUCUCCCGUCUGGCUUACGAUAUGCUCAACAAGCUGCCACCAGACUACAUACAAUAUGAGAUACGAGAGGCCUUGCAGAGGAUGGGUGCCAUCUUGCCUAUGAACAUCUUCCUCAGACAAGAACUUGAUCGCAUGCUUAAG